AUGGCUGCUGCCGUCCAGCGGCCAGGCGCAAGUGCCGCGCCGAACGAGUCGCCCUUGCAAGCCGCCACCAACCCGUCCGGCCGCCUCGCUGCCGGCAUGCUUGUCCGCGGCGCCGGCAGUGCUCCGUCCCACUACGCCUUUGCUUUCACGCCCUUCCUCCAGACCACAUACAAACACGGCCUGCCCGCCGACCGCCCCGUCUGCCGUGCCUACAGCACUACCGGAUCCUGUCCGCUGGGCUCGCGCUGCCCGGACCGCCACCUCGCACCGGCCGCGGCCGCUGCCGCGAUUGCUGCCGGCGCCACCUACACGCCCAUCGGCGGAUCCGGAAGCAGCCAGCACCACAGCGGCGGCCGCGACCAGGGCGGCUUCAACUCCCUCGUCUGCAAGCACUGGCUGCGCGGCCUCUGCAAGAAGGGCGAGGGCUGCGAGUUCUUGCACGAGUACAACCUGCGCAAGAUGCCCGAGUGCAACUUCUUUUUGCGCAACGGCUACUGCAGCAACGGCGACGAGUGCCUCUACCUCCACAUCGACCCCCGCAGCAAACUGCCGCCCUGCCCAGACUACGACAACCGCGGCUUCUGCGCGCUGGGCCCCACGUGCCCCAAGAAGCACGUCCGCCGCAAGGCCAUUUGCCCCUACUUUUUGGCCGGCUUCUGCCCCGACGGCAUGCGCGUCUGCAAAGAGGGCGCGCACCCCAAGUGGACGUCCGUGGCGAUUGUCGCGCCGCAGGUCGCCGCCGAAAAGGCAGCAGCCGAGGCUGCGGCAGCCGAGGCGGCCCUGCGCGGCGAGACGCUCGACGAGAGCGGCCAGCCCGGGUCACCGUAUGCCGGAGGCGACGAUUACAGCAUGGGCGGCACCAACGACCACCUCCAACACGAUACGGACAGCCACAAUCAACACCAGAACCAGUACCAACACCAAUACCAACAUUAUGGCGGUGCCGACGAUGCCAGCAGUAUUGCAGGCAGCGACCGGACAUCACGGGGCGACCACCGUGGCGGGUUCCGGGACCGAGGCCGCGGCGGCCGUUGGCGUGGCCGCGGCGCUGGUGGGCGUGGUUUCCGUGGACGGGGACGAGGGGAUCAUUAA